GUUCAACGACGCGUUCUAGCAAAACGGUUAAGCCGAAUAUUUUCCAAUACAUAUCCAACACUUUAACAUCCUCUAACACGUUCAUGCCCAAGCGAAAGAGCUCAAGCGAUGACGAAGACAAAGACUAUGAGCACUCUGAAGACGACCAGCUACAAACCAAAACUAAGGCUUCAAAGGCAACUGUUCAACCUUUGACUAUCAAGAAGCCAAAAAUUGGUUCUUCAGACAGCCAAUCCCCAACAGGCUCGAAGAAAAAGUCGACCCAUGACAAUGAUGUGGAGAUCUUUACCAGUUCUGAAGGUGACAGAUAUGUUCAGCUGGGUCAAAAGAAACGCGUAACUGUCCGUGAGUUCAAAGGCAAAAUUCUUGUUGACAUUCGUGAAUUUUAUGGUAAGGACAAGGAGGACGAAAAGCCAGGAAAGAAAGGCAUUAGCUUGAAUGCGGAUCAGUGGGCUUGUCUGAAAAAGAGCAUCAACACCAUCGACUCUUUCUUUGAUAUCAAGAAAUAACAUUACGUCUAAAACUCUAUCUGUCACGACAGUAACAACCUUCUAAUUGCAUAUGUAUCAUAAAUUUAACUAGUAAAGGCCAGCUGCCGCAUCGUGCGCUCCCGCUAGUCCUCUUGAAUAAAACCCACGUAACCACGCGCUCGACUUUACCAGCGAAGCUUGCCAAUCCAUCAUCAAUUCAAUGAAUGUGAUUUUGGAAUACUCAGUUGCGAAUGCCCUGCAGGUGGAUGCAAUCAAGUGUGUGGUCAACGCAGAAGAUUCAACGCACCAAGCGCUACCCAAGAAGGAUCCAAGCCCAAGUCCACCCUCGCGGAAGCGGUUCUUCUCAUCUUGCCAUACUGCCUUCAUGCAGUACUUUGACGUGAUGAGAAAUAUCCUGACCUAUUAUGUCUGUGUUAAGAUAUAACCAUGAAGUAAACAAAUGAUACCAACGCUUGAAUGAGUCGUUGCCAG